AUGACGCGGCAGGGCAGGGUGGUGCCCGGCGGGGAGCGCACCCUCCUUUCCCCGUGUCGCGGGCGUCCGCCGCAGGGCUUUUCGGGUGAUCGUCCCCAGAUCCUGGUGCCAGGAGAGGGCCCUGGGCGCCAGGUUCCCCCUCAGAUCGUGAACAUCUCGUCAGACAUCACGGUGAACGAAGGCAGCAGCGUGACCCUCAUGUGCCUGGCCUUCGGGAGACCGGAGCCCACCGUCACGUGGCGGCAUCUGUCCGGCAAAGGGCAGGGCUUCGCGAGCGAGGACGAGUACUUGGAGAUCACGGGCAUCACGCGGGAGCAGUCCGGGGAGUACGAGUGCAGCGCCGUCAACGACGUGGCCGUCCCGGACGUGCGGAAAGUCAAAGUCACCGUUAACU